AUGACAGAAACUGGCACAGACAACAAACCCAACAAGCGAAAGCGCCCGUGUCUCAUCGCAAUCGGAGUUUUCCUGUUUUUGAUUCUUCUAGUCUUCAUUAUCUGCCUCAUACUUGCCUUGACCGUUUUCAAAGCCAAACAGCCGAGAACCUCGGUCGUCUCCUCCAGCGUCGACGGCGUGGCUCAACGUCUCUCAUUCCCGGCGGUCAAGAUCGAGCUCAACAUCACCGUUGAUCUUGUAAUCCUAAUAGAGAAUCGGAACCACGCUAGCUUCAAGCAUGGGACAGGCAAGAGUUUACUGUCGUAUCGAGGAGUUCAGGUUGGAGAUGCUGAUCUUUACCCCGGCGAUAUUCCGGCGAGGGGUAAUGGUACGCUGCCGGCGAGGCUGACUAUGCAGGCGGAUCGGCUGGCGUCACAGAUGAGCAAUUUGGUCACUGAUGCAUUGAGUGGUGAAUUUGUUAUCGAAACAAAGUCAAGCAUUCCAGGGAGGAUUACGUUCUUGGGGUUUAUCAAGAAGCAUGCUGUUGCUGAAUCUGAAUGCCAAUUGACUAUUGGGUUUCCCAACUUGAAGGUCAAGAGUCAAGUCUGCAAAAGCAAGACCAACUUAUGA